AUGGAACGACUCCUCGCCCAAGACGCCGUCCAGCGCCUCAUCAUCUCCUUCAACACAUUUGAAGACCAGCUCGACUUCAACCUCUUACACUCUUGUAUACCCCCAGGCCAAAAAUUCACCCUCGACCUGUCCGAGAACCUCCCAGGAACAUCCGCUAGACAACUCACCGCCGACGAUUUCUGGUCGGAGGUCAAGAGCAGCAUCCCUGGCUUCACCGCCACGCACCAUCAACUCGGCCCUAUCCAAUUCGAUUUCCACGACGAGACGUUGAAGAAGGUCACCGCUCGUACGAACGUCACGGCGACGUAUUCUUUGCAGGAAGAGAACGGAAGUGUUGAGGCGGUCGUUGUGAAGGGGUUGCAAGUUGUGGAUGCUGAGGAGGUGGAGGGGCGGUGGGUGCUUCGUGGGAUGAAGGUUGUGAGGGGUGUGCCGUUGGAGAAUGUUCAUCUUUUUGGGGUUGCGGUGGAGAGAGUGCAGAAGGGGGUUGGGAGGGUUUUGAAGGGACGAAAGCCUUUAUCAGAAGGUUCUGGACCUUUCAAGAAGCCACCACGAAAAUCUACUACACUCAAGGCUUGGGAACAAGAGGUAGACUACGAUCAAGAGAGGCGAUGGACGGAGAAAGAGAUGCAGAUCGAGAACAACAUGCGGAGACUGAUAGAAGACGGGCAAUCUCGUUCCGAUAAAGACCCUCACGAUGAGUACAUCCGUGAGCAGAGAGCCGAACGUCUGGCAGCCGACCUGGCGGUCGUGCAGACUAGAAGGGGGCUGUGGGACGCGAUGUCGGCGUGCAGGGAGCUGGCGGACACAACCAAGUUUGCCAAAGCCGGCGACGAUGAGAAGCUUCGACUGAUCCUUCGCGUAACUGAUGCGAUGGACGAUUUGUGGUUCGCUGAAGUCAAAGCUUGGAGGCUGUGUGCAUUCGCUCCCCUCUCCAACGUAGGGCUUUUAGAGAAGGCUUGGAACAGUUUUUGCAUCGUGCUAAAGACAGGCUUGUAUGUGCCUGUUAGACUGCCACUCGUUCCUGCUGUGGCAUUGGUGAGGUGGAUCAAGUCUAUGGAAUACAAAAACGAGGGCAAGAAGCGAUGA